AUGAAGCUGUACAAUCUAGUUACUGGCACCCUGGCGUCGCUCACAGCAGCGCAAACACCAGCUCCAUAUACGGAUGCUAAAUCUGGAAUUACCUUCAACACCUUCCAGCACAGCAGCGGCUUGUUCUUUGGUCUUGCUCUUCCCGCCAAUGCUACAGGAAACACGGACCUCAUUGCAACUAUUGGAGGAAAGGGAUCAGGGUGGAGCGGAGUCAGUCUCGGAGGCGGAAUGUUGAAUGAGCUAUUGAUUCUAGCCUGGCCAAACUCACAGGCCAUUGUGAGCAGCUUUAGGAAGACUGCCAACUACGCUUCUCCAGCAGUCGCAACCGGCACGUUUACGAAAAGUUCCAUCGCGAACGGCACCUAUGUCAAUAGCACGCACUGGACGUACACAUUUCUCUGCCAAAAGUGCAUUCAGACCGAUGGCACGACCUUCCAGGCUACCGAUACCGCCCCUAGCAUUGGCUUUGCUUUAAACUCAAACGCGCCAUCUCAGAAGACCAAUCCCGCGUCCAGUGUUUCGAAGCAUACCGCGCAGGGCCAGGUUGUGUUUGACUUGAGCAAGGCGAGGAGUGAGAAAUUCAACACUUGGAGAGCAUAUGCUGCACCAAACAUUGCUAGGUCGUUCGAAGGUUAG